AUGAUUCUGGGUUUUCCUUGCCCACUUUCAAGAAUUUGAUCAGUUUGGAGUUGGUGGCAUUUACCCAAGUUCAGUCCCUAACUGAUCAUGAUAUUAAGAUAGCCUUUGACCGCAUCCAUUCCUGGCAAAUGGUACAAAGCUUAGUUGCAAGUGCACCCCAACUGAUGAAGCUUGUCUUUGAUCAGGUGAUUGGGGAUGAUAACAUUAAAGAAGAGGAAUUUGAGGUGCUAUUGCCACAGCUUAUUCCAAUAUGUUCCAAUUUACAUCUCAAGGAAAUAGAAAUUUCAGAGUUCAACGGGAAAGAAUAUGAAUUAAAGCCAGUUGAGCAUCUUUUACAAAACGGGCAAGCUUUGAAAAAGAUGACUCUUGGUGGAUUUUUAGAAGCCGCAGUUUGCAAACGAAUAUUGUCAUACAGGAGAUCUUCUGAGGAUUGCAAGGUUUUGUUACCUGAAGCUAAAUCAGUUUGUAGUUCUGAUGAGUACUAAUGGGAACAAAUGAUUGUUUUUCUCUUUGUUGGUCAGAGAAGUUAUUUUACAUGUUAUGACUGCUUCGUUUGCUGAACA